AUGGUUUACGAAAUAAAUGUAAAAAAUAAACAUGAAUCUGCACCUGAAUCCGAUAAUGGGAAAGAGAGAUCGAAAGAUUCGGCGUUAAAUUCCGAUAAAUCUUCAAAUGAUCAAAAAGUUACAAGUGAAAUUGAGAAUCAAAUUGUUAAUCGGAAGGAUAAUACCAACUCUGACGGUUCAACUUUGUCCGAAAAUGAUAUUGGCGAAAAUAAUCAAGUUAAACAAAUUUCUUUAAAAGAAUCAGAUGGAAAGACUAAAAAUGUUGAAAUUCGUAAAGAUUUGAGAGAAUUUUCUGAUCGUGAUGAUUUAAACCGAUUCAAGCAUCCUCUUCUUCAGAGAUCUGAAGAAAACUGGAAAAGAAAUGAAAUUGUAGAUAAAAGAAAAUCUUUACCUGAUCAUGUUGGAAUGUUCCCAAUUGAACACAAAAAUGAAAGUAAAUCUCAAACUUCAAAUUAUGAGGAAAAUUUCCAUAACCAAUGGCACAAGUCCAAUUUGUUUAAUAAGGGAGGGUUGACAGAUUUUGACGACAAACGCAAAACUUAUACAAAUCUCAAAAAUUUGACAAGUUCUUACGGUUUUGAAAGGAGGUCAAUGAAGUCUGAUUUUGAUUCAAAGCCUGAUCAUGAUACAAGAAGUCAAGUGAAAUUACAUUCAAUAGAUGGAAAGUACAACGAUGCAUUUCCACCUUUAAAACGCGAUCAUAUUAAUGAACCAAGGAAUGAAUCUACUAAUUUUCAAAAUAAACAUAGACAGAAUACGUCUAUGUCUGACAGUACUCAUAGCGCAAAUACAUCUGAACCACUUACAGAUAAUAAUAAUCAAGAUCAGAAAUCAAAUCUUGGAUCGCAGUCCUCUAGCGGUUAUAUGAAUGCAUGGUUUCCUAAUGUAAUCAAUAGAUGGAUGCCUGUCGGUAAUAAGAAUGAAGAUGAAACUAAAUUUAUAUUCCAUGUUCAUCUUCCAGAAGAUAUUGACAAAAUUGGAAAACCUGUAAUUCUUGGUAAUAUAGAAGAACUAGGACUUUGGAAAAAACCUGUUGUAAAACUUCAUCAACCAUAUCCUCAAAAUCAAACAUAUUGGCAAUCCAACCCAGUUACUGUUCCCUUAUCCUCUCUUGUAAAUAAAGAAAUUCAAUACAAAUAUGCUAUUCAUGCAAAUAAAUCUAUAUUUAAUAGUAGAGAAGAAAAAAUUUUACACGAAGGAAAUGGUUCUAAAGAUAACCGCAUAUUGAAUAUUGAGAGAAAUGAUCAAUUUGAUAUAUGGAUAAACAAUGAUCAAUUACAUUUACACGAUAUACGUGACUUUGCUUUUGUGGAUUAUAUUUAUAAUUCUAUCAAAGCUAGCAACCUUAAGAAUAAAGUUAUGGAUUAUCAACAUAUUUUAUUUCUUCAUGAAGAAUUCACGAUCCGCGUUUCAAAUCUUCAUUUCAUUACCAAACACAUUGAUGAUAAUGAUAAUGUCAAACGACUUUUCUUAUGUCUUCUCUUAGGAUAUCAUACUUCAUGGAAACAUGGCUUACAACAAUUACCAAAUGAAUUUCCAUCAGAAUUAUUGCUUCAUGCACUUGAGGGAUAUAAACAAGAAAUUUUACCUUCAAACACUAAAGAUAGAAUGUAUAUGGCCAUUAUAACUUUAGUACAACAUAAUGCUUUUCAUAUGCGAUUUGAAUGGCUUAAUAUUUUUACAAUCGCUGCUGAAGUUGAUCCUCGUUAUGAUUUCAUUGAUUAUCUAAAUUUCUUAAAAUAUUCUAAUGAAAAUUUGUUAGCGAAUUUCAUUAAAGAGGUUAAAAUCAUCAAACCUUAUAUUAAACACAUUAAACUUGAAAAUUACGUUAAAAUUGCAAAGUGGUUAAUUCAAUUAUGUAAUACUAAUAGUAUGAAUUAUCUUUUUAAACUUUGGAAUGAUAUUCUUUUGCACAAUAAUGAACUUGAUAAAGCUAUCAUUAGACAUCUCAUUGUACGAGUUCGAGAAAUUAUAUCCCAUGAUGAUGCUGUUGCCUUAGAAUCUCAUUUUACAGAACUUCCAAAAGAUUGUCGACGUGAUUUUUCAGAAGUUUUUCAGUUUCGUAUUUUACUUUUACUUGAAAGUCCUAAUCGAAAAUGGACAAAGGAAGAUAUCACUGCUAUUGGAAAACUUCUUCAUAACGAAAGUUUAAAUUGGCGUAGAGACGAAGUUAUUCGAUCAUUAGAAUUAAUAUCUAAGUCUAAUGUUUUGGAAUUAUUGAAUAUAUUCCCAGAUCUUUUAGAUAAUUGGUUCCGCAAUGAUUUUUCUGAUAAAGAGAAGAGAAUACCAAAAAUUUGUAUAACUUGGUUUAAAAAUCUUUUAACCAAACUUGACAUGAACACAAGUACGAGCACAAACAGUAAAAAAUCUUCAAAUGAGAGCAACUUUGUUUUUUCAGUAUUUACGCAAUUAGAAUGCAUUUAUCCUUUACUUGGUCAACGAAAAAAUGUUUGGCAGAAUUUAACAGCAUUAGCUAUAGAAAGAAUCAGAGCAUGCUCGGAAUCUCGAAUAUUUGGCACAACGAAAUUUUUAUUUAAAAUAAAAGAACAGGAAAUCAAAAUAUUAUUUUUAGAUAUGAUAAAAGAUAUAAUUAAUAAUACUGUUCAACAAAUUAAUGAUCAAUUAAUUAUCACGAUAUUUACAAUAUGCGAUUGUAAAUUAGGUCGAACUUUGGAGGUUCCAAGCUCAACGGGCGAAGAAAUUUUAUUUCAUAUCAUGAAUAGAUUACAAAGUCAAUCACCCACAUCUAAUCCUUCUCAAUCUUAUUUAAAUAUUUUAAAAAAUGGUCAAUUCUGGAGCAUAAUAUUGCGCGCUACUGGGAAUGUUAAAAAACUUCAUUCAAAUUCAUGCGUACAACAUGUUAAAAUAACUAUCAACGAACUUGGUGUAUUAUUACGUGAAAAGACGAUUGAUGUAAAAUUAUUACAACAACUCUUUGAAUAUUCUGAUGAUAAAUUAUUUCAAAUCUUUGAUGCUGCUGUUUCUAAAAAGAAAUCUAUAGGUGAUGUGAUUAUCUCUCAAGAUGAAAUUGUGGAACUUAAAAAACUAUGCACAAAUUAUCAACUUCAACUUGAUAUACUUUACAAAUUUUAUACUGGAUUUUGUUCAAUUUCUCAAGUAACAGAUGUAAAUGAUUACAUUCAAGAUUUAAAACAACGUAUGCCAAAUUCGAAUAAAUUGAAUUUAAAACAAGUAUUAUCAUCAGAAUUUUGGACAUUUCAUGAAAAAACCUUGGAAAGCGCAAGAAAUUGUUAUAAAUUUCAUCAAUCUCAAACUUUUCGAAAUAUCUUUGAAUCUUGUAUUCAAGUAGAUGAUACUAUAACAAAAGUAGAAUACAUUUCACAAUAUUUAAUACCAAAUGCUUUAAAAAAAUUUGAUGAUAUUAGUAAACAAUUUAAGCAAUGGGAAAAACUUCAAAUUUCAGAUGCUGCUUUGUUUUGGAAAAAUGUUAAGAAUGUUAAUUCAGAACUUGAUUUAAUGGAAGGUUUUAAAGGAAAUAAAAACCAAAGACUUGUUCAAACUCUUGAUCAUCUUUCAAAAAUUCCUCAUUGGAUUGAACGACUUGGAGAAUUAAAAACUGUUGUAAAACUUUUUGAAGUACCACAUAAUAAUGAUGAUUGGUUAGCAAGAUCAAUUCGUACUUUAAAAGAUGAUUCCGUGAAACUUAGUCAAAUAAAUAGUUUUUUUAUCCAACUUGAUAAAAAUCUUUCAAAUGUUAAUCAAGAUUGUUGGAAAAUGAUAAAAGAGUUGUCAAAUGCAGAUGAUUUUAUAGGCUUUUUAAAAGAAAUUGCUGAACAUGAUAUUAAAAACUUGAUCAAUGGUGUGGAUGAUCUUUCGGAUGAAAGACUGAUACAAGAAGAUACCGUUUCGUCACUUAUUCAAGUCAAGCAAUUUUUAUUACCUCUUAUGAACAAGAAGAAUAAAAUGAAAGAUAUUGCUAGCUUUUUAGAUGCGCUAUCAAAUGUUGUUAAGAAGAAUUCCACUUUAGGGGAGAAGACUGCGUUAUGUAGUAGCAACAAUAUGGCAUUACGAAAUAUGUAUAAAAAUAUUUCAAAUCGUGGUGAAGUUACUAAAGAAAAAAUUAAGAAUGCUGUACUUAAUGGAACUUAUACUUUUGCACGUGAUGAAAAAGAGGAUGAAUGUUUUGUUACAUUAAAUUAUAUCUCUAAAACUAAUGUGAUGAUGUAUAAUAUAAAUGAAAUUUUGGAUUUACGUGGACGAGCACUUUUGAUCGCGAAACCAAACAUAAAUGAAAAUGAUAUAAUAAAUUUAAAGGAUGGGAAAAUAUCAAAGAAUAUUAUGGAUGAAUUUGUUGUUCAAGUUGAUAUUGUACAAGAAAUAAUCAAUGUAUUAUCCAUGUUAAUACAAAUGGGACAUUUUGAUUAUAGAAAUUUUGAAAAGAAAUUACGAGGAACCAAUAAAAUGAGGGAUUAUUUGAAAAUCUCAAAGGAUGAACUCAAAAAAUGGCAAAAUAUAGUUGAUCGUGCACAAGAACAAUGUUAUUAUUUAACAUUCUUCCCUUCUCGUCACAUUUUAGUAUUUUAUGAUUAUUAUACAUCAAAAAAAUUAGUUGAAGAAAAUGAAGAAGAAUGCAAAACAUUAAUUAGAUUUGUAAAUAGCAAAGCUAAAUUACCAUUCCAUAAGAAUAUUAAGGUAAAUUCGAGUGGAUCUAAAGAUUAUUUUAAAAUUCUUUGUGAAAUUGGAAAUGAGUUAGAAAGAAUUUUUAAGAAUAUUCCAAAACAAUUACGUAAAUUUAAAGCUAAUGGGCAACGUAUAAUGUUGGACAUAGUUAAAAAGGGUAAAUUAUCUAUUGCUGUUUGUAAUGACAAAACCAAAGUUCCGAACAUCAUUAUGUCAUUAUAUGCUAAUCAUGGAUAUUAUCCCGAACCGUGGCAAUUGUUGAUAUGUACUUCUUCGACCACUAUGGAGGAAUUAACAAUCUUCAUAAAAAGAAGUUUUUUUGCAUCAAAUAAUGGUUAUGAGAAUAAUUUAUUUUGUAUUGCAAAUUUAGAAUUAUUAGACUUUGAAUUACAAUAUGAUUUAGUUAAUCAAAUUAGAUCAAUGCAAGAUCAAAAGGAUUAUCUUUUAGCACUUAUUUGUUACAGAGAAGCUGGAACGCAUCAUCACAUUUUAGAUCAAUUCUCUUCAGAUGUUCAUGUAACUAAUGGCUUAAAUACCGAAGCUAUGGAAGGAAUUUAUAAAGAAUUGUGUCGAAAUUCUAUACGUGUUUCUUCUGACUUAUCUGGACAAGGUAAAACUGAAUGGAUUAAGGAGUAUAGUACCGGUAAAAGGAAAUUUCCACAUAGCUUUUUAAUAAGUGAUAAUAUGAAGUUUGCCAAACUUGUACGUCGAUUUAAAGAAUGUAAACUGCGACCUAUAGAAAGUUUACAUAUCAAUAUAGUAUCAGCUGAAUACCCUGAAGAUGUUAACAUGUUCUUAUUCGAGUUGUUAACUCUGGGUAUGGUUUCUACUAAUGUCGAUAUAGCAUGCCUACCUUCAUCAGAAAUACCUACACAUAUAUUUAUUGAAAUAGCCUCAACUGCUGAACAAUAUUUACUCAAAUCUCUUCCUAUGGCAGGAUAUUUAUUGUACAAUCAUUUAACUUGGGACAUUAAAAACUUGAGGAUUUCUCGAGAAAUUAAUAGUCCAAUUCAAAUUGUUUGUAAUUAUUUGAAUUUAUUGGAUCGUAAUGAAAUAGAUACAGAAGAGAUUUUUUUUCAUACAGGAAAAGCAAUUGAAGAGCCAUUAACAUUAGAACGCUGUCAAAAUCUUAUUGAGAAGUAUUUCUUCAACAAAGAUGUCAAAGAUAUUUCUUCAUUUAGAUUUGUCGAAACAUUUGUUAAUGUCCUUGCAGAUCAAUUAGUACGAUUAUCAAGAAGUCAAUUCUUCACUGUAGAUAAUCUUAGAUUAAUGGUAAAAGAAGAUAAUAUUAGAAACUUAAUACUAAGAACUUUAAUAGAUGUUUCUAAAGAUUUUGCAACUAGAUCUAUUAAAACUAAAGCUGUACAAUUAGAAUCUAUAUCUACAGAUGAUGGAAAUACUAGACUUGGUACAAUUGUACAAUGGGACGAUUCAAAUCAUCUUAUAGUAUUUUUCAAUUCUCAAUCUCCUGAUACAAUAUCAGCUUUAUAUCGGGACAGAACAAAAGUUCAUGACAAUGUCAAGACUUUAUUAAAAAGUCAGGUAAUUGGAGAUAAAACAAAAUGGGAAUUGGAUGAUUAUAAUUCGAUGUCCGCGGAUGCUCUUUUUGUAAAGUUAGAAUAUUUGACACGGAGAUCAACGAAAAAACUCAAUCUUCCUGAAUAUGCUUUAUCUGGUGAUAAUUUAAUAAAAAUGGCAUUAAUUCUUUUAAGAGCACGUGCGAAUAUUCCGGUCAUAGUUUGUGGUGAAGCAGGAUGUGGAAAGACAAGUUUAAUUGCUUAUUUAGCUUUGAUGGUUGAAGUUCAAUUCGAGGCUCUUAAUCUUCAUGCUGGAAUUGAUGAAAAAACUAUCAUGAAAUUCAUGAAUGAUGCAUUAAAAAAAGCGGCAAAAGGCGAAAUUUGGUUAUUCUUUGAUGAAAUCAAUACUUGUAAUCAUAUAGGUUUACUUGCUGAUUUAAUAUCUCAUCGAAUGCUUAAUGGUAAACUUAUUCAUCCAAAUAUUCGUUUAUUUUCCGCCUGCAAUCCUUACCGACUUCGCACAAAACCUCAAAGUGAUGUUGGAUUAAUUAAGAUCAAAAAAUAUGAAGAACAAAGUAAUCUUGUCUAUCAAGUCAAACCACUUCCAGAUCAAAUUUUGGAUUAUGUUUGGGAUUAUGGUAUUUUAACACCAAAUGAUGAAUAUAAAUAUAUUCAAAUUAUGGUUGAUAAAGAAUUAAAAAAAUUAGCUCAUCCCGUGUUCACCGAGCUCUUAUUUGCUUCUCAAAAGUUCAUAAGAAAAGUUGAGGAACCAUAUAGUGUGAGCUUACGUGAUGUUAAACGAGCCAUAACAUUAGUGAAAUUCUUUCAUAAUUCUCUUGAAAAUCGACCAGUUUACAAAAAAGGACAUAAAUAUCCACCAUCUGGAAAUCCAACCGUAUUGACUAGAUCUUACGUUUUAGCACUUAGUCUUUGUUAUCAUUCUCGGUUAUAUGAACAAGAAUUACGCAAACAAUAUCGUCAUGAAAUGGGAAAAAUAUUACAACGUCACAAAGCUUGUGUAGAAGAACAUAUGUUUGCUACAAUUAUUCGUGAAGAACAAGAAGAUUACAUCAAUAGAAUGCAAUGUCCACCUAAUACAGCACAUAAUGAAGCUUUAUUAGAAAAUGUUCUAGUGAUGAUUGUAUGCAUUUUGACACGCAUCCCCCUAUUCCUUAUAGGGGCACCCGGCUCUUCAAAAUCUUUAGCAAUUCGUCUCAUAAGCUCAAAUUUACGUGGAUCUGAUUCAAAUGAUAGAUAUUUUAGAAAAUUACCACAAAUUUACUUAAUUCCACAUCAGGGUUCUUCAUCUUCAACUUCUGAUGGUAUAAUAAAAGUUUUCGAUAAAGCAAAUAAAUAUCAAGAAACAACUUCUCAACAAUUUCCAGUUAUUAGUGUUGUUUUGCUUGAUGAAGUCGGUUUGGCUGAAACAAGUCCUUUCAAUCCGCUAAAAGUACUUCAUUCUUUGCUUGAACCAAGUUAUCCGGCCACAGGACCAACUGUUUCAGUAAUAGGAAUAUCUAACUGGCGUUUAGAUAAUAGUAAAAGUAGUCGCGCAUUACUUGUUCAAAGGCCACAAUUUGAUUUGGAUGAUUUGGUUGAUACCGCUGAACGUUUAUUAAACACAAAAGUUAUUGGACCUGGUCAAAGAGGUGCUUUAGAACCUUUAGCUAAAGCAUACUCGGAUUAUGAAAAAUACGGUCAAGCUCUACCUAACUUUCAUGGUCUUCGUGAUUAUUACGCGUUGGUUAAACGACUUUCAUUAGACGAAAUGACUCCAGAGAAUAUUCAAAUGGCAAUAGCCCGUAAUUUUGGAGGAACAGAAAAUAUUUCCAAAUUAUACGAAAAGUACUUUGGAGAUGUUCUUAAAAUGUUUAAUAAUCAUAAUCCGUGGUUCUAUAAACCAAUUCCUAUUGAGCAAUUAAUCGAUUCAAAUUUAGAUGAUUCUGAUGCACGUCAUUUAAUGGUAAUUGGUAAAAGUGAUUCAGUCGUAAAUUUAUUAACUUAUCAGUUAAGAAGAAGAAAGUUAGACCCUGUUAUAAUUUUGGGAUCACAAUUUCCUGAUGACCGGGAGGAUUAUUCUUACAGUGUUUUGAGAAGAAUUAUGAUGUGUGUCGAAGAGGGCAGACCAUUGAUCUUAACAGAUUUGGAAAUUAUUUAUGGGAGUCUUUACGAUUUAUGGAAUCAAAAUUAUAUCGUGGUGGGAAAUAAGGAAAAUGUUAAAUAUUUUACGAGAGUUGCACUUGGAGCAUAUGCUAAUCCUAUGCUUUAUGUUUCUCCCAAUUUUAAAUGCAUUCUUGUUAUGGAUGAGAAGAAAUUGAAUAAAGCUGAUCCUCCACUUCUUAACCGAUUCGAAAAACAAAAAAUGUCGAUUAAUGAUACGCUUAAUAAUAGGCAAAAGUUACUCGUAAAAAAUUUAAGCGAUUGGGCAAGAAAAAUAUCAACUUUGGUUGGAGAUAAUUCAGUAACUCCACUACGUAAUAGAUUCACCCAAAAAGAUUUAUUCAUUGGAUUUGAUCAAGAUGAAACCUUACAUAGCUUAAUCAUUGAUAUUACAAAGAACAACCCUGAAGCCGAAGAUGAUAAAAUUUUAGAAAAAUGCAAGGAAUGUAUAAUUGCAACAGCAUCUUCUGAUGGAAUUGUGAGAGCUGAACGAUCAGCUUUAGAACGAGAUGAAAUUGAUCAAUGGAAAUCUGUUUAUUUUAAUCAACAGCAUCACGAUAGUCUUUACGAUUAUUUUGCUAAUCAAGAAAAAUCGUUGACAGAUCCCAGCGGACAUCUAGUGAUUGUUAACACGUUCUCUAAUAUUAAUACAGACAUUAAGGCUUGUUUACAAGUACUUGUAAGUUGUCAAGUAGAUAAGUUGUCGACUUUCAAAACUGAAGCUCAACUUUCAAAUCGGAUAAAACAUUUCUGGUUAGAAUCAACUGACCAUUUGUUAAUUCUCCAAUGUGAUGUAACUACCGUCAAUGCUGGAUGUAUUAAGUUAGCUAAAUUCAUUAUUGAACAAUUCCGAAAUGAAUUUAUAACAAAGAAAAACAAAACGGAACAGAUGAAGCAUGCGUGUAUCAUCCUUCAUAUUCAUCGAGAUCGGGAGGCCACUCUAACUUCUUUUAAUUUCAUUUGUGGCUGGAAGCAAAUGACAAUUGAAACAUUAUCAGGAAGUGACAUUCCUACAUCAAGCCUCUUAGAUGGAUCGUUUUCUCAUAUUGUCAAUUCUGUUUAUCCAUUCGAAAAAAUUUUAUUACAAGAACUGUUAUGGUGCUUAUUAUGUAUGAAAUAUCCAUCGAAUAAUAAAUCAGUUAAUCAUAUAAAGAUGUUAAGCGAAAAAAUACUAGAAUAUCCAAAAUUUGUUGAAUGUUUGAAAAAAAGAGUUCUUGAAUGGAUCGAAGAAAAAUCUACAAUUAAUUGGCAAUAUAAGGUCGCAUCAAAUAAACAAAAUUUAUAUCCAUACACUUCAUUUUCUGCGGCAUUACAGGCUUAUAUUAGAACACUAGUUAGGAAACCUAUAGCUCAAAUUUUAUGUGUUUUAGAAAGGUUAUCAGCGAUAAAAACAUUUUUUUAUAUUAAUGAUCGAAUAACUUCAAAAGAAAAUUAUGAGGAAUUACUCAAGUUUUGGCAAAAAAUUUAUAUGGAUAAAAAAAUUAUUAAAAUUGAAGAAUUACAGGAUCCAAAACCCGAUGGUUAUAGUAUGUCAGAAAUAGGAAGUUUUUAUGACCUUGAAUUCCCCUUUUCACUUUAUUUUAUGAAACAAAUUGAUAAUUUUAAAAGAUAUUAUGAAGAAGAAUUAGAAUUUUUACGAGAGGAUGAUGAUCGUAUUGAUAAAGCAACUAAUGAACUAUACAAUCACGUGAUCGAAGAUCAUUUGGAAGAUUUUAAAAAUAAUAUCCUAACCUCAAUUCCGCAAUUGAAAGAUUCUCCUCUUGAAUGGGCUCCUGAGUUGUAUUUCAAUGACUUUAUUACCGUUAUCACAACAACAAAUAAUGAACACAAGAAUACAAAAUUAUUGGCGUCAAUUUUGAAAUUACUCAUUGGUGUUGAUAAAGUGAAUCAACCCAUUUUCCUUCACAUUUAUUGGUGGAAAAAUGCUAAUGAAAUUUUGUCUCUAUUGCAAUUAGCUCAAAUGUUCCCACAAAUAAUUAAAGACAUCGAAAUUCAGGGUAGAUCCAUUGCUAAAGAAAAUUUGGAAUACCAUCUCGUUAAAGAAGUAACAAGAUUAAUGUUGUUGCAAAUUUGUCGAGAUUUUAAAGGCGCAGUAAAUAUCUUGAUCGAUAGAUGGCAACAUGACGUCACAAAAGUAUUGUCACUUGCUAGUAAAAUUACGCGAGCAAAGAAUUUACCAGAAUUACAAUUGUUACAUAUUAUAAACGAUUUGGUUGGAACGAUGACUAUUCCUUUAGAUAGUAUUAGAGAAAUUGUUCAACUUGGAUUAAAUUCGGACGAACAAGAUGUUCUCUCUAGUAAAUUUGUCAGCAUUGCCUUCGAUAAAUUUAAUAAUAAUAAUAAGAAAUAUUUAAUUCCAAGAAGAUCAUUUAUCAUGAGAUGUCUCGCAUCGAUUCCGGUUAAAUCAGAUGUCCGAAUAAGCCUUUAUGAGAAAAUAUUCUCGAAUGAACCUUUUCCAUUGAUGGGACCAAUCAUUGAAAAGAUCUUUCUUAAAGAAGACAUGGAAAAUAAGAAUAUAUUCUUUACAAUAAUUAUAAAUGUCAAAAAAGCUUUAAGUCAAUCUGUUCGGUUAAAUAUUAUUAAUAAUUGUUUAACAGAUUUAGAUACGAACAUGGCUACUUUAUGUUGUGAUGUCAUUGAACAAACAUUCUUUAUGAAUGAAGAGUUGGAAAGGUUAGCGACACUUUUUGUACCGGCUCUUAAAGCUUUAUGUAGAAAAGAAACGCCAGAAUUGCAAAAAAUAACUUCGAUUGCUUUUCUUAAAGAAUUUGUUCGUCAAUUUUGGGACAAUUUCCUUCAAGAAGAUAAAAAUAGUCCUAUUGCAUAUAACAAAAUGGAGGAAGAAAAUUUUGAUAGUAGUGAAUUAAUUAAUCAAAUUAAUAAUAAUAUGAAGUUCGAUCAUCCUUUAAUUUUUUCACUCAAAAUUUACUUUUUAAGAGAUUUACGUCAAAGGGAUUUUUCAAUUAAUGAUAUCGGACAAUUUUGCAAAGUUCAGAAAAAUCUCUUACCAUGGCUUGAAACUUUAAAUUUGGAAAAUAAUAAAGAAAGUCGUUUGUCUUUUAAUCCAUACUGUAAUUUACCUGAAUAUAAUGAAGCAGAAAAUAGCUUAAUGGCUUUCUAUAGUAUGGGCAAUAAGGGACCUUUUCAAAAAUUCAUGAGAAACAUAAAGCAAAAAGCGACUUUAACAGCAAAAUUGUCUUUAAUGGGUCUCAUCUUUGUACGUCUUCAUGCUUCUAGAGCUUCAAGAGAAUGGCAGCAUUCAGAAGUGCAAAUAGCCGAUUUCUUGACCAAAGAACUUGCUGGAAUGAACAAUCUAAAUUUACCAUUUAAAACAAUUGCAACAAAAAUCUUGUCGAACCAACAACCUAUACUUCAAAUUAAGCCGAAAAUUUGUAAUACCGAUUUGUUUAUAAAAACCGUCAUUACACAUAUUAUCGCACUUCAUGCAUCAGUUGAACCGAGUUCAUCUCAACUAGCGAUGUAUUUACACAAGUUAGAAGGUUGUCAGAACUUAUUUAUUUUAACAUGUAUUUCCGAUAUGGAAUCAGUAUUAUUAAAUGCAGUUAAUGAACAAGUUACAAGAUAUGUCUGUAAAUGUGGAUUCAAAUAUUUCGUUGGAAAUUGUGGUAAUGUUGUUGAAGUUAGUAAAUGUCUAAAAUGUAGAAAUACAAUUGGUGGGCCAAGUUAUGGUCAACCAGCAGCAGGAAAUACUAGACUUGAUGCUUCCCCAGUUACUCGAGUAACGGUAAAUGAUCAAACAGGAUAUAUUGGAGAACCAGUUGAUAAAAAUCCAUAUCAUACCGUCAGAUCUCUCACACCUAUAUCGUAUCGUAUAUUACAUUUAAUUAUUCAUGCUCUUAUUGGAGCGUCUUCACCUCAACCUGCUCUUGCUUUCCUUCAAAAAAAUAAUGUAGUCGCUACAGAUGCUGAAAAAUAUUGUAUGGAUCACAUCCGAAAUGACUGGAGCGUUCUCAAGGAUCUUCUUAAUUGUUCAGAUGAGAAUUUGGCGUUAAUAUUCCAUUCACUAAUUUCUUUAAUGAUGGAAAAACCUCCAUUGCCGAAUCAACAAAUAAAAACAUCAGCAGAACGCGAAAAUUGGGAAACAGAAUUUAGUAGAAAUUAUAUUUUACCACAAAUUAAAAACAUAACUGAAACAGUAGUUAAUUAUCGUAUGAAAUUAAGCGAAGUUUUGAAGAUUAAUUUAAUUGAAAGUGAAAUCAAUCAAACUUCAGUCAUGGAUAAACAAUAUCGAAGUGAGAAUUUACCAAGUUUAUGGAGGACGAUCGGAAUGAAUAAUUUCGAUAGUUUUCGUGCUUAUUAUAUGAGUGAUUUGACAAGAGCGAAAAAUUAUCCACUCCUCGCAAUAUUUUUCAAAUAUUUUGAACAAUUAAGAUUAAUUAAAUAUCUUUUGCCUAUCGUAAAAUUUGUUCAAAUCUUGAAUUCCAAACUUGGAUAUCAGUUAACAAGACAAAUGGCAGGUGAAAUGACUUUCAGACAAUUUAUAGAAAAAGAAUCCAAUGAAGAAAGUUCUAAUAGUUUAAAAACCGCUUUUAAUGACUUUAAACUUGGGUGGGAUACGGUAAUACCUUUCAUAAAAAGAUAUCAAUGUCAUGAACUUCCCAAUGAUAAACCAAUCAUGAGCUAUAACCUUCCAGUUGUUUUUGGCUUAAUUGAACCAAAAGAUGCAGGAAUUUUCUUAUGCGCAAUAUUAGAAUAUUUAGUUAACUUGCAAAAUAAUUUCUUAAAAGAAGUUAUAACAAUCCCACCUGGAACAUGUAGAACUCUCAUUUUUCUAGAUGAACAAUCUGUUUUGUUAACUUCAAAAGCAGAACCAGUUAUACCUAAUGGAUAUUGUCUUCAAUCUAUGUAUCUUGAUCAUGCUCGUUUCGGAAAUAUCAUAAAUUUUGAUUGGAAUGAAGAAAUUCUUGUAUAUAGUCAAAGAAAUUUAGCGAUUGCAAGAGGAAAUGAUAUAGUUUAUGACUUGACAAAAAUUGAAGCGGAAUUGGCAAAUAUUUUAGUUUUCGAAAAGGUUCAUAUAGAUACUCAACCAGAAUCUCAAUUAUAUCUAGAACCUUACCCAUAUCACAUGGAAUUAUUUCAAGGGUGUAUGCGAAUUCUUAGUGACAUUAAGAAUUUAAUAACUCAAGAGCCAAUCUCUAAUGAAAAAUUGAGUUUAUUAGGGGCUGGAAAUUCAUUUAUGCUUCAUCCACAAUAUGCUUCAGAAUCAAUUUUUGAUAACGCUUCAGAAAUAUUAUCAUCAUUGGAAAUUCUUUUAUGUUUCAUCAAACGUACGGCAGUUGGAGAUGGAGAAAAAUCUAUUAAAGACUAUAUUUUACAGUGGAUCAAAUUGUCAUCACUAUAUGAAAAUGCAGGAUUCUCCAAGAUUUUAGAUAUAGAUUUACGACUUAAACAUUUGGUGUCUUUAUACGAACUCGUUGAGGAACAAGUUGCCAAUGUUAAAAUUAAAUAUAUUCACGACAAAUAUAAGAUUCCUCUAUCGGCAGAUAUGGAAGCCACAAUACUUCAAUCUGUAGAUUUUGAAAACCAAACAACUACAAUGGAAGGAAUUAUACCAGCAGAAGCGUUCGCUUUAGCUUUAAAACGAUUCAUGUUACGAUUUUUAACUUUAGAAAAUCAAAAAGAAAUGGAACCAUUAUAUGUUUAUUUACAGGAUAGUUCAUUAAAUCUCUGGCCGUCAACAAUUCCAGAGAAAUGUAUCAAUGAAUUAUUCCCAGAGAAUUUAUUGGUUGCUAAUACGUAUGAGGCUUAUGAAUUUACAAUGAACCGGAUUGAGCGAACGACAAAAAAACAGGCCAAUGUUGUCAGAAAUCUAACUAUCAAUUCAACUAUGAAUCCUAUGAAUCAACGAACGGGACCUACAAUUAACAGAGCUAUGCCAUCAAGAAAAUCCAGAAAGGAACAAUCUAAAUUUGAUGCGAUGUGA